GAAAGCGAGCAAGAGAGAGAGAGAAAGACAGAGAGAAAAAGAGCAGAUAAAUUGACACUUCCCACAUUGAAGCAGCCUCAUUUAACAAGGACUAACCAUGGAGUUCAAAGGAGUGUUCCUGUUGUUGGGAAUAUUAUUUCUGGUGAACGGUUCAUUUCAACAGAGACCAUCAAAAAAGAAGCCUAUGAAAAAAGAUGCAGGUAAGGACUCUGCCAUCGAGGGGCUGCAGAAGCAGAUCAAUGACAUCGUUCAGGAGCUCAACCUGCUGAAGGAACAACAGGCAUUGCAGACAGUGUGUUUGAAAGGCAUUAAGAUCCACGGCAAGUGCUUCCUGGCUGACCCUGUAAAGAAGCGUUACCACUCAGCCAGCGAGGACUGCAAUGCGUUGGGUGGUGUUCUGAGCACGCCCAUGUCCGAAGACGAGAACAACCAGCUUAGAGACUACAUUCGCCAAAGCAUCGGCUCAAAUGAGCAGGUCUGGCUGGGGAUCAAUGACAUGGCAACCGAGGGCAAGUGGAUGAACCAGACUGGGUCCAGCGUUUUCUACAAGAACUGGGACACAUCCAACCCGCGGUCGCCUCAACCAGACGGCAGCAAGUCCCAGAACUGUGCUGUGCUCUCAGGCUCCUCUGGUGGGAAGUGGUUUGACGAGAACUGCCGUGAUGAAAAGCCAUCGGUCUGCCAGUUCAAUAUAGUCUGAUCGCACCUAUCUAAUCUGAUCUAAUCUAAUCCAAGACUUGGCACUUGGUUAGAGCUGCUUCCUGUUGUGUACUCUUACUGCUAUGCCGUUUCCCAGCUAUUUUGGAAAAAAAAAGUUUUUAAAGCAUUGCUUCUCUACUUGUGUUGUGCUGCAAGUUGAAUUUGACCUUGAAAUUGUUAAGAAUUUUUGCUCAACAGUUGCGCAUAAAGUUGUUCGUUUUGGCAGAAAAUUGAUCAAAAUGAGUAAGAGUCAAUCAAGUUGUUUAAAGUCUGGUGAUAAAAUGAUUAGUGGGUGUAGAUAAUGAUGUUAAGCACCUAAAUCAAGUCCCAAAUAUGUGAGUAGGAGGUGCUCUCCUCCUGGGUGUAAAAAACUGAAAUCCAAAUCCAAGAGUCCAACGUUUUGUUUUGGCUUUUUUGCACAUUACAGUCCAAAUUGGCUUGGUUAUCCCAAUUUAAAAAAAAACCACGUCACCAGUAAGAACUGGCGAUAGAAUGGAGACCAAGUCGGUUCUGAAAUGUCAAAUUUUCAGAUAACGGAUGUCUAUAAUAUACCCACGACCCUUGAAAAACUGUUUUUAGGUGCUGGCAUUGUUGACCAAAAUUAAAGUUUGGUGGGAUUUCUAUAAUUUGCACAUCUCCACAAACCCGUCAGAAAGCCUCCCGUGGAGAAAGACUGGUUUAAACUCGGUCAUCCCAUGAGAAAUCUGCUGCGCUUUGUCAGCACUUACAAUGAACUACAACAAAAAUAGUGAUAAUGGGUUUCCAAAAAAAACCCUUAAAACUGCUGCAUUCUUCAAAGAUAUAUUCAGGCUGUCAGUCUUGUAUUUCCGGAUUUGGACACAUUAUGUUUAGCCUGAUAUAACAUGAUAAUGAACUGUCCAUAAAUCAUUCCUUUACUAGUC